GAUUUUCUUCAGGAACUCAUAGAACAUUGUUACCCGUCUCGAUCAUCUUUUUGUCUCCUACCAAACAUACCACAAUGUCGGCCGACGCUGAUACCACGGAGUCGCAGUUCCAGAAGAUCGGGGAUAUCGUUGAGCGGAACGAUGACACUGGUCUCAUGCAGGUCGAAAGUCUCUGCAUGAACUGCCACGAAAAUGGAACUACCCGCCUGCUACUCCUCCGUGUACCUUUCUUCCGUGAUCUCAUUCUCGAGUCCUUCGAAUGUCCGCACUGUUUCUUCAAGAACAAUUCCAUCAAGUCUGCCGGCCAGAUCCAAGAAUUGGGAUGCAAAUAUACCCUGGAAGUUGAGAAUGCGGAGGAUUUACAGCGUCAAGUCGUCCGAAGUGAUGUAGCCGUGUUCAAAAUCGAAUCCCUUGGUAUUGAGAUGCCGAAAGAGGGACAACUCACAACCGUCGAGGGUCUCGUUCAACGGAUACAUGAGUCCCUGUCGAGUGAACAACCCCUCCGCAAAGUCCAGGCGCCUGAAGUUCAUGACGCCCUGGUGCCUCUGAUUCAGAAACUAGAGGAUUACCUCAACGGGACCGGAUUUCCCUUCACCAUUUCUCUAGAUGAUUAUACGGGUAACUCUUGGAUUGCCCCCAACACCGCAGAUAAGGGCAACAAGUACAAGCGAAGCGAGUACCCCCGGACUCAAGCACAAAACGAAGAGCUUGGCCUUAGCUCUGAUGCCCAGCCCGCUGGCAUCAAGCGGGUUGACGGAUUUGGAGAUCCCGAAGAUCUGGAUCUUGUUGAUGGGGUUUACUCCUUGCCCGCUAAUUGUCCCGGCUGUGCGAAGGACUGUGAGGUCAACAUGCAGAAAAUCUCCAUCCCGCAUUUUAAGGAAGUAUUCAUUUGGGCAACUGUCUGCCCCCAUUGUGGCUAUAAGUCAAACGAAGUCAAGACCGGAGGCGCAAUUCCAGAGAAGGGCACCCGUAUCACAUUAUCCGUUCAAAAUGAGGUGGACUUGAACCGAGACGUCCUUAAGUCUAAUAGUUGCUCUAUGUACAGUGAGGAGCUGGAGCUUGAAGUUCAAUCCGGCACCCUGGGAUCCCGAUUCACCACCAUCGAAGGUAUUCUGACUGAGAUUCGUGAUCAACUGACCUCCACAAUCUUCGAUGUUGAGGACACCGCUCGGCAGGGUGGAGAUAGUAUGCCUGGGGAGGAAAAGAGCAAGUGGGACAGCUUCUUUGCACGCCUUGAGAAGGCGAUCAGCGGUGAACUGAAAUUCACGAUCACCUUGGUGGACCCGCUGUCAAACAGUUAUGUGCAGGACCUGUGCGCGCCUGCGGCUGAUCCGCAGCUCACGGUUGAAGAGUAUACCCGGACUGAAGAGGAGGAAGAAGAGUUUGGAUUAAAAGAUAUGAAGACUGAGGGAUAUGAGCAGGACGCCGAGGAUAAACAGCAGUAGAGGGGGGUGUUUGGGUCUGACGUCGACUUACUAAAUAUAUCCAGAUCAGCGGUGAAAUAAAUACGAUUAUUCUAGUAGAAUGCUGAUAUUUCUUGGAAUAUCUGCCAGUUUCUUUGGGCUCUUAAUAAUCCUUGCAUCUUAUUGGUUCAAGGAAACUAAAUGUAUUCCUGAUCCCAACCAUGAUUUCGGGUACUGAUAUAUAUAUACUAGUAGACAACAGUAGUUGCAGGUAAAUAUGAUAUGAUCAAAGUACGAUGUGAUAGUGAAGUAUUAAUUUAUAAGAGAUUUCUAUAAUUCGGGAGAGACGUAGACGAGAAAGGAAAUUGGCUAUAAUAUUAUGAAAGUGAA